AUGACGGAUCAAGCCCUUCCAUCCACCUACAAUAUCAAGUUCGCCUGCGGUGAACGGACGUUCAGCAUACCCUGCAGCCUUCUACAGCCUUACCCAGGCCUGCUCGAAUGCUUCCGAAACCAACAUCGCAGUGACUCCGAAGGCUUCAUCAAUAUGAAUGGAUUGCCACCUGAAGUCGUAGACUGCCUCGUUCAGUACUUCAGAGCACAGGACUACGCCAUCUCCGACAUUGGCCUUCAUGGACGGCAGGGUGCCGGCAUGGUUGGCUUGGAGUACACUGACACGAAGGCCGUGAUAGCGCGAGGCAAAAAGGCAUUCUCCAUUCAAGAUAGUCUGAAGCUUCAUGUUGACGUUUUCGAGAUGAGUAUCAACUACGACCUCGUUGGACUGCAAGACAAAGCCGUUGCGAAGUUCCACCAAGUACUUCGAACGUCGAAGUGGACCAUGGCUGACAUCCUUCCAUCCAUUGAUUUUGUCUGCGACUACUGCAACCACGACAACAAUUCGGAGAUAGAUUCUCUCCGCUGUGUUGUUCUCGACGCUGUUCUCCCUGUAGCAGAUAAGCUGGUCGAACAUACCUGGGGACGAGAUAAUGAGGAAGAGAAAGGAAAAUACUACGGCUUCUUCAAGGAUCUUAUCUGGCUGUUGUCGAUGAAAUCGAAUCGUGGAUUUGCGGUGACGGAGUGGUCUGGAGAAAGCGACGGAAAGGGGUAUAAGGAGCAGUGCAAGAAGUGUGAGAAACGACACUCAUCAAUGCGUCGAUUUUGA